UUGCAAUUCAUCCAUUACAAUAUUCUUCUCCGUCUCCAGUUCGCCAGUUUGUGACAGCCAUGGCUUUGGGAGCAAAAGAGGCAGCAUUCUCUGUCUUCUCUUCUUACCCUUCCACUUCUCCCAAACUUCAUUGCUUCAAUCAAUCGCUAUCUUCAGUUAGGUUCGGCAUUUCCCUUUCCCCCCCUGCGGCUUUGUUGAAAUUCACUCAAUAUAACCUCCCAUUUCUUUCCCCUUCCCACCCCAUCAAAUGUCCUGGCUUUCAGUGUCACUCUUCUCUGGAAAGCGUAACUGUAGAAGAAGAGGUGGAAGAAUCUGGAAAGCCCGAGAGCAGAAGGAAGCUCUUUGUAUUGAACUUGCCUUGGUCUUUCUCUGUUGCUGAUAUAAAGAAACUGUUUGGUGAGUGUGGAACUGUUGCAGAUGUUGAGAUUAUUAAGCAAAAAGAUGGGAAGAAUAGAGGAUUUGCAUUUGUGACAAUGUCUUCGGGGGAAGAGGCUCAGGCGGCAAUUGAAAAAUAUGACUCUUAUGAGUUGGUUGGUAGGAUUAUCAGAGUACAAUUUGCCAGGCGAUUUAAGAAACCUACUCGUGCUUCUCCUGUAGUUACUCCACCAGGAGAGACCCGCCAUAAACUUUAUGUAUCCAAUCUUGCAUGGAAAGUGAGGUCCAACAAUCUCCGGGAUUUUUUCUCAUCCAACUUCAAUCCUGUUUCAGUUAGAGUUGUAUUUGAUAAUCCUUCAGGGAGAUCAGCAGGGUAUGGAUUCGUGUCUUUUGCGACAAAAGAGGAAGCCGAAUCUGCAAUUUCUGCAUUAGAUGGGAAGGAAUUAUUGGGAAGACCAAUUCGCUUGAAAUUCAGUGAAAAGAACACUGAUGCUUCUGAAAGUAAAGAAGAAUCGUCAAGCGAACAGAAGCCUGAAAAUGCUUCUGAAAGUAAAACAGAAGAAUCGAGUGACGAAUAGCCUGAAAAGUCCUUAAUUUCUGUCAAGCUCUGGCUGUUUUGUAUUUUGUGGACUGAUUUCUGGAAUCAUGAGAUGAUAAAGAAGAAAACAGACGGUAAAAGAUAUAGCAUAUAUUCCAUCUUGUUCAUACUCUUCAUAAUAUGGAAUUUUUUCUGAGAAAUUGUAUAUUGUAAUCUUAUCAUACCUGUUAUAUUCAUUAACAGAUAGAGAUAUAAACUUUUAUCUGAUGCCGGUUAUGGCAAUAUUCUUCUUAUGGGUAA